AUGCAGUUCUCCGCUGUCUUCCUCGCCAUCGCCGCCCUGGCCUCUGUUGCCAUCGCCACCCCCGCCGGUGUCGUCGCCAACACCCAGGGUGUCGCAAGCUCCAUCGUCAGCGACGCCGAGAUGGCGAACUUCCUCGCCACGACCGACGCCGAGCUCACCUUCAUCGGCGAGCCGUUCAACCCGCUCGCCAAGCGCGCCGCGCAGGACACCACCGUGACGUUCUGCACCAAGCGCGUCGGGAACAUCUGCGGCGGGACCUGCACGGUCUACAACGGCGGCGCGACGUGCCUCGACGCGGCCGGCACGGUCUGCAUGUCCGCCACGAAGGACGUCGGUUUCUGCGACGAGACCGGCUGCGACGGGAACUGCAACGCGAUGUCGGAGUGCGGCACCCAGAUGGGCAACGGCUUCUGCUUCGUCCCCAACACCCAGUCCAUCCUUGUGUCGUCCCUCUAG